AAAUGCAUGCUGUUAGAGCAACAGCAUUUUCGGGAACUCUUGAUCGAUUUGACGAUGAAAUAUUUCAAGCAAUAUGAUAGCUUAGUUGGAAUUAAACAAUGAUUAACACAUUUGGCAAGAGGACUACGAUAUGGUGUUUCCUUUGCGUUCUCUUCAUUCCAUGGAUACAUUCCUUCAGUACAGAUUUCAGGUGUGGAGCACCAGGAAGGGCACCAAAAUCCAGCUUUAAACCAAAUAAACAGUCUUAUUCUGAAGGUGAAAGUGUCAUUUACUCGUGUGAGAAUGAUGCUUUGAUAUCCGAAACAAAUUCUCGACGUUGUCAACGAAACGGUACUUGGUCGGGACACAUUCCAAAAUGUUAUAACCAGAUUACAAUAAAUGGAGCUGCCCUCGUGCCUCGUGCUUUGGAAUCUGCAAAUGCGGCUUCAUCCAUUGAUGGAAAUUACACUACGUGCAUUUUUACACAGAAAACGAAUGAAUCAUUCUGGGAAGGCUUUGUAGAUCCGGCAGCAAAAAUAAGAGCUCUAAAAAUUACGUUUCACCGUAAAGAGCCUGUCAACAUCAAAGUAGUUAUUAAAGAAAAUAUUACAGAAACAAUUUGUAACGGCUAUUCUGGAGCUGUUGGAGAAUCAGACGAAGAGAGAUCCAUUGUGAUGUUCUGUCCCAAAGCUGCAGCUGGAAAUCGCAUAUAUAUAAUAGAUUUAAACCAAGGUCUUCAUAAUUUCAGAAUCUGUGAAGUGAAGGCAUAUCGUCCUAAUGGUCCACAUUGUUUGGUGCCUGAUUACCCAUUAAACGGAAAAGGUUACAGAAAUGUAUCUGCUCGAGAAACGAAGUACAGAUUUCAAUGUGAUACUGGCUACGAGCUUUUGGGAAGCGUGGAAACUACUUGUGGACCAGAUGGCACUUGGUCUGAAACUACUCCUAUUUGUUCAUUGAUAUACUGCCGCCGUCCACUUCCUCCAAACAAUGGGUCUAUUUUAGAAUCUCCUUCUAUAAGAAAAUUUCAACUAGGACAGCGCAUCCACUUCAGAUGUGAUUCUGGCUUCGAGCUGAAAGGCUCACCAUGGUUAACUUGCCGUCGUGAGCGGACGUGGUCUUCGCCUCCUCCAAGAUGUGUUUCAACCCUUGCCACUCUAGUGAAAGAUUGUGGAAAAUUACCAUUGGUUGCUAAUGGAAAUUUUUCGUCGAAAUCAACUACUAUUGGCAGCACGGCAACGCUUACGUGUAGGGAAGGAUACACAACACUUACAAGCAACAUGAUAACUUGCUCAGACACAGGGACGUGGGUCCCGUCCAAUUUGAAUUGCAGAGUCAUCGAAUGUGAGCGAAAUCCCGUAGUACCACAUGGCAGGGCGAUUCUUUUGGACGGCUCAGCUUAUUAUGGUUCUCGACUUCAAAUCGUAUGCAACCAAGGGUAUGUGAAAGGAGAUCCCAUAAACAGAACAUGUGAGUCGUCUGAAACGUGGGGCGACCUCAGUGUUUGUAUUGACCUGUCGUGUGGUUCGCCAAGUUUCUUAAGCCCAAUUGAAGGACGAUGGGUACGUUGGAAUUACUCCAUCCCGAUUCGCAUUCUAGAAUGUGAUUUUGGGUACCAUAUUGAAGGAUCUCCAGCUAUAACGCAAUGCCUGACUAAUGGUUCUUGGAGCUAUACAUCAGCUGCCUGUAAACGAACACCUACAGCAAGUCACUACAGUAACGUAUCCUCUCCAAACUUGUUUUUAAUUAUUGCAGUUGGAGUUAUGACCAGCACGCUUUGCUGUUGCUCACUGUGCUUUGUAGUCUGGAGGAAAAGGAAGCAAUCAAGAACUAGUACAACUGUGUUCCAUGAUGCCAUGGAUGAUUCAUCAGUUUACAUUCCAGGUCUAAAAGAAAACUCCCUAAUCCAGAACAGAUUCUACAAUAAGCCUACUUACGAUGACGUCAUGGAACUGCGCCCACAUUCCAUUGCAACAAAACCGAGAUCAGCAUUGCCUCAUUUACCAGUCGAUGCCGAUCCUGUAUACGCACAACCGUUCGAAACGUCUUCCGAACAAACCACAAAACAGAUUAUGGUCACGAAUAAAGAUGAUUUGUAUAAUGCUCAUAUCUAUGCAGAGCCUGUAGACUCACGUACACCAUCUUCAGGUACCAAUCAUGUUCCUAAUUGCAUGGCCGAAACUUGGUUUCGAACUGGAACUGGGAAGUUCGGGAGAAAAAUGAGUCUUCCAAUCAAUCAAUCUUUAUCGAUCGAUUCUUUUCAAGAAGUGGAUGCACAAAAUGAACAUUACAAAGCAAUGUGCACUUGCCCAACUGUAAAUACUUCAGAAAGCACGGAGAACGAAAUAUGCCAGAAGUUAGGUUUGGAAACAACAGAUGGAACUUCGUUCCGUUCACUCAUAGAUAACUCAAUAUAUUUAGAAGCAGAAAACCGGAAUUUACCUUCGCACAUUAGUUUAGUGCGUAUGAUCAGCAAUGAAAUAUAUCAAGAUGAACAAUUUUCACAUGUUUAAAAGGAAGCGAAUUUUUCUUCUUAACAUUGUAAAUAAAUUUCUAUUUUCAUAUCAAGAAACUACAAAAUUAAAAUCGCCUAGUUUAACA